AUGGGAGGCUCGUUGGGCUCCACACUGCCAUCCAGGAGAGGCCCUCCUGUGGGUGGUGCGGGGCUUGUGACUUCCCUGGGGUGUGUGGGCCCCGUGCUUUCCAUCUCUGGAUGCUUGAGGGGGAGUGCACGAAAGACGGCAGGGCAGGCUCCCCACGGCUGGGCUUCCCCUCCCGCCUUCAACGUCGCUGCCUCACCCCGUCCUACACCUGCCUGCCUGACACCCACGGCGACUGUAACACCUCCCCGCACCCCGGUGCCUCCAACAGUGGAAAAGUGUCCCCUGCUCCUGCCGGCUGGAGGCCUGAGGCUGCGUGAGGCUGCGCUGGUUCCUGCUCCUCUAAAGUCCUCCCCCGAGGCGGCCCCAGGUCCCGGCAGCGCGGCUCCUGCAGCCAGGCCAGGCCAGGCCUGCGGUGACCCGGAGCCUGAGCGCGGCACCCUCUGGACGCAGGGGGAGCCCCAGGUCCUGGUGCGCGUCGCCUCCUCGCGCUCCCGGCAGGGUCGCCUGGCUGCAGCCGGGUGUCCUGCCCCACGCGAGGGUGGCGUCUGCGUGCGCAGGCCCGGGCGUCCCGCGUGCCCCGCUGGAGCGGCCCGACUGGGAGGAGAAGGCCGAGUAUGACCUGGUGUCUGCCUACGAAGUUGACCCCAGAGGAGACUACGUGUCCCACGAGAUCAUGCACCACCAGCGGCGGCGAAGAGCGGUGGCCCUGCAGGGAGGAGGGGACUUCCUGCACCUCCGGGUCAAGGGCGCCACGCACGACUUCCACAUGGAUCUGAGAGCCUCCAGCCACCUGGUGGCUCCUGGGUUCGUGGUGCAGACACUGGGAAAAGGAGGCACCAAGUCUGUGCAGACCUUCACGCCAGAGGACUUCUGCUUCUAUCAAGGCUCCUUGCGGUCUCACAGGAACUCCUCGGUGGCCCUUUCCACCUGCCAAGGUUUGUCAGGCAUGAUAAGGACAGAUGAAGCCGACUACUUCCUAAAGCCGCUCCCGCCACACCUAGCAGGGAAGCUGAACAGCUCCGGCCAGGGCGGCCCUCCCUCCCACCUGCUCUACAAGAGAUCCACAGAAAGCCGGACCCCGCAGGCCAACGAGGUCCUGAUGCUCUCUAGGCAGUGGGGACUGCCCAACCCACAGCUCCCACAAAAGCAGCACUUCUGUGGAAGGCGCAAGAAAUAUAUGCCACAGCCUCCCCGCAAUGACCUCUUCAUUCUGCCUGAUGAGUACAAAUCCUGCUUUCGACGGAAGCGCUCUCUGCUCAGAUCCCACAGAAGCGAGGAGCUGAAUGUGGAGACGCUGGUGGUGGUGGACAAGACCAUGAUGCAGAGCCACGGCCAUGAGAACAUCACCACCUACGUGCUGACCAUCCUCAACAUGGUGUCUGCAUUAUUCAAGGAUGGAACAAUAGGAGGAAACAUCAACAUUGCCAUUGUAGGCCUCAUCCUGCUGGAAGACGAACAGCCAGGGCUGGUGAUAAGUCACCAUGCAGACCACACCUUAAGCAGCUUCUGCCAGUGGCAGUCUGGACUGAUGGGGAAAGAUGGAACUCGCCAUGACCACGCCAUCUUGCUGACAGGCCUGGACAUAUGUUCAUGGAAGAAUGAGCCCUGUGACACUCUGGGAUUUGCACCCAUUAGUGGAAUGUGCAGUAAAUACCGCAGCUGCACUAUUAAUGAAGACACGGGGCUUGGCCUGGCCUUCACCAUCGCCCACGAGUCUGGGCACAACUUCGGCAUGGUCCAUGAUGGAGAAGGGAAUAUGUGCAAAAAGUCAGAGGGCAACAUCAUGUCUCCUACACUGGCAGGACGCAAUGGGGUCUUCUCCUGGUCACCCUGCAGCCGCCAGUAUCUGCACAAAUUUUUAAGCACUGCCCAAGCCACGUGCCUUGCUGACCAGCCGAAGCCCGUAAAGGAGUACAAGUACCCUGAGCAACUGCCGGGAGAGUUGUAUGACGCUAACACCCAGUGCAAGUGGCAGUUCGGCGAGAAAGCCAAGCUCUGCACGCUGGACUUUAAAAAGGACAUCUGCAAAGCCCUGUGGUGCCAUCGGAUGGGAAGAAAGUGUGAGACGAAGUUCAUGCCAGCCGCAGAGGGCACCCUGUGCGGGCAGGACAUGUGGUGCCGCGGAGGACAGUGUGUCAAACACGGGGACGAAGGCCCCAAGCCCACGCACGGCCGCUGGUCAGACUGGUCGCCUUGGUCCCCCUGCUCCAGGACCUGCGGUGGAGGGGUGUCACGCAGGGAUCGCCUCUGCUCCAACCCCAAACCGUCCCACGGAGGGAAGUUUUGUGAGGGCUCCGCACGCACCGUGAAGCUUUGCAACCGCCAGCAGUGUCCGCAGGACAGUGUGGACUUCCGCGCCGCCCAGUGUGCCGAGCACAACAGCAAGCGGUUCCGCGGGCGGCACUACAAGUGGAAGCCAUACACACAGGUGGAAGAUCAGGACUUAUGCAAACUCUACUGUAUCGCAGAAGGAUUUGAUUUCUUCUUUUCUUUGUCAAAUAAAGUGAAAGAUGGGACUCCAUGCUCGGAGGAUAGCCGUAAUGUUUGUAUAGAUGGGAUAUGUGAGAGAGUUGGCUGUGACAAUAUCCUUGGAUCUGAUGCUGCUGAGGACUCCUGCGGCGUAUGCAAGGGAAAUAAUUCAGAUUGUACGACUCACAGGGGUGUCUACAGCAAGCACCACCACACCAACCAGUAUUAUCACGUGGCCACCAUUCCUUCUGGAGCCCGCAGUGUUCGCAUCCAUGAGAUGAACGUAUCUACUUCUUACAUUUCGGUGCGCAAUGCCUUCAGAAGGUACUACCUGAAUGGACACUGGACUGUGGACUGGCCAGGAUGGUACAAGUUUUCAGGCACUGCCUUUGAAUACAGACGGUCCUAUAAGGAGCCCGAGAGCUUAACCUCUGCCGGACCAACCAACGAAACACUCAUUGUGGAGCUGCUGUUCCAGGGCAAGAACCCAGGUGUGGUCUGGGAAUUCUCACUGCUGAGGUCCGGUGCUGAGAAGAAGCCCGCAGUGCAGCCUAGGUACACGUGGGCCAUUGUGCGCUCCGAGUGCUCCGUCUCCUGUGGAGGGGGGCACAUGAUCACAAAGGGAGGCUGCUUCCGAGACCUGAGUUUCCAAGUGAACGCUUCCUUCUGCAACCCCAAGACCCGGCCUGCCACAGGACUGGUGUCCUGCAGAGUAGCCGCCUGUCCUCCCAGCUGGUCUGUGGGGAACUGGAGCACCUGCAGCCGGACGUGUGGCGGGGGCACUCAGAGCCGGCCCGUGCGGUGCACCCGCCGGGCACACUACCACUCGGAGCCCGUGGCAGCCAGCCUGUGUCCACAGCCUGCACCCUCCGGCCGGCAGGCCUGCAACCCUCAGCGCUGCCCGCCUGCGUGGAGCGCAGGGCCCUGGGCAGAGUGCUCCCAGACCUGUGGCAAGGGCUGGAGGAAGAGGAGCCUGGCCUGCAAGAGCACCGACCCCUCAGCCCGCGCCCAGCUGCUGCCGGAAGCCAUGUGCGAGGCGGAGCCCAAGCCUAGAACACACGAAGCCUGCCUCCUCCAGCGCUGCCACAAACACAGGAAGCUGCAGUGGUUGGUGUCCGCCUGGUCCCAGUGCUCCGUCACGUGCGGAAGGGGUGUCCAGAAAAGAUUCCUAAAGUGUGCCGAGAAAUACGUUUCCGGGAAGUACCGUGAGCUGGCCUCCAAGAAGUGCUCGCAUUUGCUGCAGCCCGACCUGGAGCUGGAACGCACCUGCGCCCCGUUCCCAUGCGCCCUGCGUCCCUUGCACGCUGCCACAGGCCCCCCAGGGAGCAGCUGGUUUGCCUCUCCCUGGUCUCAGUGCUCGGCCAGCUGCGGCGGUGGUGUGCAGAGGAGGACUGUACAGUGCCUGGCGGGGGCCCAGCCAGCUUCUGACUGCCCCCAACACCAGAAGCCCGAAGCCUCCCUGGCGUGCAACACCCACUUCUGCCCCAUCGCAGAGAAGAAAGGUACCUUCUGCAAAGACGCCUUCCACUGGUGCGGCCUGGUGCCACAGCAUGCAAUGUGCGGCCACAGGUUCUACGGCAAGCAGUGCUGCAGGGCUUGCUCCAAGUCCAACCUAUGAGUCAGGUUAGAGUUCCACGGCAGAGAGGAGGCCACAUGGGCUGGGAACAUCGGCACAAAGGAGCUGUGCAGCAUGCACUGGAGCUCACCCAGCAAAGAUCAGAGCCGUGAGGGGAAAACUGUGCUAGGCUCUUUGGCCCAGAGUGUGUGUUUGUGCCUGGGGGAAGCAGAUGCAUGACUGUGGCCACACCAGCACACACUCUCUUGCCCUGUGGAAGCGUAGGUCGCCCCUGCUUGAAUGUAGGGCAGGAGAGCCAUACUGCAGAGUGCACACAGCCACACUCAGCCAGGAUUGUGGUUCUGCUACACCAAGUCCAAAGGACAGCAGAAGUGGACUUGCUAAAAGCUAAAUGUCUGGUGCUUUGUAAAAAGAAGGAAAAGCCACACAAUUAGGAAAACGUGCAAAGUAGCUGCCACUAAGUAGGCCAGCCUCCUUCCCGGAAGCUUCAGAGGCCCCCGCCAUCAGGGUGGGUGAGGUGAAGGGGUUGGGGAGCCCCGGGAUGCUUUUCCAGGCUCAGCUACAAGAGCCGGGGUCCUUCUGGUUUAGGACUUCACAUGCACAGCCUGGAAAGUGAGAUCCCUGAUGAGGUGCUUCCUUCCCUGUGGGCUCAUGUGCCCGGGGAGACUUUUAUAGUUAAUGUUUUAUCUGUCUCAGUUGCUUACCAGUGAGUGUUCCUAUUUAAACCCACUCCCCGUGCUUUUCUGUCUUAAAUAGUGAGUCAGAAGUUCAGGUUACACAACUGUCACCCAGAAAAAGUCGGGGCCACCAAGCGGCUGAAGGAUCAUAGCCUUCUGCCCUGGUUUUGCUGUUGCUGUGAGGAGGGGUUCUCAGUGCUUAAUCUGUCCCAUAACUGUGGUGGGGAGGGAGGCCAGCAGCCUCCACAGAGGGCCUCCCAUCCCUCCCUGUCAUCAUGGGUGCUUAUUUCUGGUCUCCCUGUCUGAUGUGUGGCACCUUUGCAGACGGGCACCUGGAUAUUUAUAUUUGCUGAAUUUUAUAAUAAAUUUUAUAUUGUAUGA